AUGGCGGGGCUUAGCGAGCAGAACCUCGCCACCUUAGACACCUCCAAGCUCACCCCGCUGACGCCCGAGGUCAUCAGCCGGCAGGCCACGAUCAACAUCGGCACUAUCGGCCACGUGGCGCACGGCAAGUCUACGCUGGUCAAGGCCAUCUCCGGCGUACAGACCGUGCGCUUCAAGAACGAGCUCGAGCGCAACAUUACUAUCAAGCUCGGCUACGCGAACGCCAAGAUCUACAAGUGCCCCAAGUGCCCGCGGCCCAAGUGCUUCCAGGCGUUCGGGAGCACCACGCCGGAUGACUACCAGUGCCCGCACGACGGCACCAGGAUGGAGCUGAUCCGGCACGUGUCGUUCGUGGACUGCCCCGGGCACGACAUUCUCAUGGCGACGAUGCUCAACGGCGCGGCGGUGAUGGACGGCGCGAUGCUCCUGAUCGCCGCCAACGAGUCGUGCCCGCAGCCCCAGACCUCGGAGCACCUCGCGGCCGUCGAGAUCAUGCGGCUGCGGCACAUCAUCAUCCUCCAGAACAAGAUCGACCUCGUCACCGAGCCCUCGGCCAAGCAGCAGUACGAGGCGAUCGGGGAGUUCGUGCGCGGGACCGUCGCCGAGGGCGCGCCCGUCGUGCCCAUCUCCGCGCAGCUCAGGUACAACACCGACGCGGUGCUGGAGUUCAUCACCAAGCGCAUCCCGGUGCCGGUGCGGGACUUCACGUCGCCGCCGCAGAUGAUCGUGAUCCGCUCGUUCGACGUGAACAAGCCCGGCACGUUCGUCGACCAGGUCGAGGGCGGCAUCGCCGGCGGUUCGAUCCUCCAGGGCGUCAUCAAGAAGGGCCAGGAGAUCGAGGUGCGGCCGGGGAUCGUGACGAAGGACGCGUCCGGGGCGAUCAAGUGCAUUCCGAUCUACUCGCGCGUGCAGGCGCUCUUCGCGGAGCGCAACGCGCUGGAGUACGCCGUCCCGGGGGGACUGAUCGGGCUGGGCACGACGGUGGACCCGACGCUGACGCGGGCGGACCGGUUGGUGGGGCAGGUGCUGGGGGGCGUCGGCGCGCUGCCGGAGGUGUUCACGGAGCUCGAGAUCAACUUCUUCCUCCUCCGCAGGCUGUUGGGCGUGCGCACGACGCAGGGGGAGAAGGCGGGCAAGGUGUCGAAGCUGGCGAAGAACGAGGUGCUGAUGCUGAACAUCGGGUCGAUGUGCACGGGCGCGCGCGUGAUCGCCGUGAAGCACGACCUCGCCAAGCUGCAGCUCACGUCGCCAGUGUGCACGAAGGAGUCGGAGAAGGUGGCCCUGUCGCGCCGCGUGGACAAGCACUGGCGCCUCAUCGGGUGGGGGCAGAUCCAGAAGGGGCUGAAGAUGGACCUCCCGGCGCGCCCGGCGUAG